CCUGAGCUGAGGCUCUUUACUUCGGGAGACAUUUAACUGUUUUUUAUGGAGACUGCUGGUCUGGAAAAUGAAGAUCUCUUCUGUGGUCAUAGUUCUCCUGACUAGAGCGUUCAUUGGAGAAGUGUGCCAGGCCAUCAACAUCACUGUCACCCCCUCCCCAUUUACGGUGGCCCAGGAGGGCGAGAACGUCACCCUGACCUGCCAGGUGUCCCAGAGACGCCGCUCCAGCAGCCUGCCCGUAGUCAAAUGGACAUUCCUGCCGGAACGUUCUUCAAGCGACGAAGAGUUCCUCAUCGCCAGGGUCAACAUGAGAAAGGCCAGUUUCUAUGGGGACUAUACCAAGAGCUUCCCUUGGCCUAAGUUGAAGCUGACAGUGGUCAAGCAGUGGAAGAUUUUCGACCUGCUCAUUAUGAACAUCUCAGUGGAGGACCGCGGACUCUACAUAUGCCGGGUGCAGGAGUUCAAGAAGCACCAGAACCGAUGGAAGGCAUCAACAAACUGUACGGCCGCCACCGAGCUUAGAGUGCAUGUCCUACCAGCGACCACGGCCAAGGAGAGUCUGUGGAGACUGUUUGAAGACGUGUACCUGUGCGCUGUGCUGAUCUGCUCUGUGGGACUGGUGUGCAUGUGCAUGUUCACUGUGGCGGUGACCUGCCAAUAUGUUCAGAGGAAGAAGAAGUUAAAAGACAACUACCAUUUGGUCAAGAGCCUCCAGAACAGUUCAGGGGAGACGGUGACCAGUCUAGUCAGUGUGUCUCCUGCUCUGCCCAAAAAGCAGAGGAGGUACAGGAAGAAACGAAGCAAAGCCCAGUCAGAGAUACCACCAGAGAUACCAGUUAAAGCACCCAUAGCAAACAAAAUCCCAAAACCCAAACUUUUAAAGGUACAACCGAUGAAAGUGGUCUUGCCGAAGAUUGCAGAGGAGAGCCUGACAUAUGCAGAGUUGGAGCUAGUCAAGCCUCUGCCGGACAACAAAGCCUCGUGCACAAGCACUGUGUACGCCCAGAUCCUCUUUGAGGAGAGGCAAGUAUGAGAAACACACCACUUUUAGCUGAAGCUCAUGUACAAAAUGUUAUAUUUAUGAUCAGCAUUAUUGUUUUAUAUUGUGUAUUUCAAUAAAUGAUUGGCAAGUUUUAUUUUUCUUACAAAGCCAAAAUGAGAUUUUGGUUUUCUAUACUGUGUUGAAUUUUUAUUUUACCUCCCAAAACAUCUGCAUGAUGUCUGUCAUCUUCUGCUAUGUUAUUACAGCAGUACUGCAGCUGCAAAGGUUGACAUUAAGGCAACAAUUAGACGCCCACCCAUUUGUGUUAUUUGUGUUAUCACGCAGCUCUUUCAACUGGUGCCAAAGUCAACGGGCUCUUGGCGACACACUUGUACCCAGAGCUGUGAUCAGCUGUGACAGAGCAGUUUAACUGGCUGCAAACGAAGGCCUUGUUUGGUUUGACUUGUGGCACCAGUGUUUUCCUCUCACCUUAUGAUUACAUAGCACAUGAUUAGCACAAGGUUUUUUUAUUUUUUAUUUUUUACUCCUGAUAAGAACAACACCAAUGACCAAAUGCCUUUUCUUUAUCUCUCAAGAUCUGCACAACAGCGGAGAUUUUGUCUUCUGGUUUUUACUUUUCUGUGAAUUUAAGUGUGUGUAAAAAUGCUUAGUACGUUUAAUGACCCCUUGGAUUUAACCAUGGAAAAGCGAGCAAAACAACAGUAUUUUUUUUCACCCCCUGUGAACUUGAAAUGCCAGACAUCCAGGCACCAUAACCAUUCCACAUCCACCAGCUCUCUCUCUCAUAUAUGAAGAUCUAUACAUUGACUAAUAAUCACCAGAGUGCAUUGAGACGAUUCCAUGUAGGAAAAACAAAUCCUUCCCACAUACAUUGACAACAACGAAAUCUAUCUAUAUCUAUCUACACACAUCUACACAAUGGCUCAAAGGAAACUUCCUGGGGUGAGAAAAACGUCUAAAAACCUUUUUAAACUGUGAAAAUUGAAGUCUCCUCCAAACCACAUUUGACUUAAUGGGAGGCCACUGCGUGGACCUCUAACUAGAACCAUGUGUGAACGCUGAACUCUGCACUUUCCUCUGCACUUUUCCUUUGCCAUUCGUUUCACCCGGAGAGUGCCGUCGCCCGCACUCAUCAACAUUACUCUCCAUUCCAUUUGGAGCGCUUCUGUUAUUUGUUUUUGUCAUUUGAAAAUGACGUCGUCGCUGUCUGAUGAAAACCUCGUAACAAAAUGUUUGCCAAUUGAAAUGUUUUUUCAUUUAUUGAAAGCAAUAUAUCCCCUCAAUGUACUCUCAACAUUUCAUGACUCUAGGACCAAGAAAAUGUAUUCAAAAUAGCUUCUGAAGUUUCAUAAUUGUAUGUUCGUUAAUGGGAAAAUAUGGUCAUUUUUUUCAUUUACUGAAAAGUUUCUGUUUUGGAGAUAAGGUUUCAUCAGACAGCGACGAUAUAUGUGUGUGUGUAUAAUGUAUCAUAUGUGUGUGUGUGUAUAAUGUAUCAUAUGUGUGUGUGUAUAUAAUGUAUCAUAUGUGCUGUAUAAACACAAAGCGGAUGCAU